AUGAAUUCAAUGCAAUUAAAACGAGCAUCUCUCUAAAAAUUGGAUUAAUCUACUAUCAAACUCAAUGAAAUCCUUCAAAAUCAAGAGAAAUAUUUGUAGUUGAGUAAAUCUCCUGGAGAAAUAAGUUUUUUAAAUGAAUCUCUUGUACUAUAAACGAAGAAUGGAAAUGACAUUAGGUAUGAUGCUCAGGAAUAAUUGAAGUUCUCAAAGUUAGAUUCUCAAAAUGUAAAGUCAACUAGAAGUGCAUAGAUAGUAAGUUCUAAAAAGCAAUCUAAAUCUGCAAUGCAAAAAAGGAAGCCUAAAGAUAAAAAGCUUAUUGAUAAAGAAUAGAUCUAAAAUUCAGAUCAGCUUGAGGCUUAUACAAAUCAGACUUUCUUAAAAAAGGUAUCUUCAUAAGUUCCUUUAAAAUAAUAAGAAACCAACAGAUCGAAAUAAUUCAAUGAUGUUUUAUCUUUCAAAGAUAAAGAAGAUUCAGAUAGGUAAUCUGCUAUAGACUUUGACAUUUAUGUUCAGAAACAAUCAAUAAUAGAAGAGUAAUUAGAUGCGGAGUUGCAAAAAAGUAUCAAUGCCAAAUCUAAAGGCAUAUGA